CCACGCUGCCGUUUUUCGUACGACGCUUUUACUAGACCCAUUGAAAUGCUAUAAUAUUUUAUUACUGUUAAAUAUAUUAAAAUAUAUAUAACGUUAUAUUGAGGACGCGAUUGGGCGUUCUCUGGCCAUAAAACAUAUUAUUUUAGGUUGUACCCAACUUCUGUGACGGAAGUUCUGUCUCUCAAAAGAUCAGAGAGUUACGAUUCUCUGUAUUUUAUACUCGAAGGUAUCUUUGACAGAUGUUUUUAUUUACAAAUAUUUGCAAAAGUAUUGCAGUUUAACUUUAUUAUGGCUGGAGAAGUAAUUGUCGAUGCGCUGCCGUAUAUCGAUCAAGGAUAUGAUGAACCCGGUGUGCGAGAAGCGGCAUUGGCGAUGGUGGAGGAAGAGACAAGGCGUUAUAGACCGACGAAGAAUUAUCUGGAACAUUUGUUGCCUCUAAGUAUAACUGCAUUUGAGACAGAAGUGCUGAAACACGAAUUUGAGAGAAUGCAGAAUCGCUUACCAAUGGAAGUACUUAGUAUGAAGCGUUAUGAAUUACCGCCGCCUGCAUCCGGAAAACUGAAUGAUUUAGCUGCAUGGACCGAGAGUGUAGAAAAUAGCAGCGCGCAGUUAGAGCAUCAGGCUACUAGAAUCUGCAAUUUGGAAUUAAUGAUGGAGUAUGGCUGUGAAGCAUGGAAGUCUUAUCUGGACGUAUUGGUUCAAUUGGCGGGUCAGGCUCAAAAGCAGCUGCAGAUAUUAAGGAAAAGCAUUCAGGAAGUCAAUUGGCAGAGAAAGUCGAUGCAGACCCAAGGAGGUGAUAAGUUGAGGGGUUUAGAAGCACAAUGGGUUGGCUUGGUAUCCAAGAAUUAUGAAAUCGAGCAGGCUUGUGUGCACUUGGAAGAAGAGAUACAGAAGGUAAUGAUGAGUAAGGAGGCUGUCGAGAUCAAUGAUGUACCGGCAGAUGAAGGACCUGAUGUGCCUGAAAAGAGUGCUACAGAAACCAUGGCGUUACAGAUGCAGCAGCAGGAGAAUCAGGGUAGUUAAUAAUCUAAAUCAUACUUAAUUAUUAGGUGAAAAUAAUGUAUAAAUAUAAUAAUUUCUGUAUCAGUUUAAGUAUUUAUAGACACGAUAAUUUCCAUAAUAAAGCACGAUUUAUUUCA